AUGAAUCGUAUUCGAAUGCUGAGCAGCAUUUCGACCUCGCACUACGUAAUGAAACUGGUGGCGGCUGGAUCCUUAGGCAUGCUUGGCGGUGGUCUAACCUCGCGGACGGAGUUGUCGUCAGCUUUGGCUGAGGCUGGCACAGAAGCGACUAAAACUGAGUGGUACCCGAAUACUACGACAAAACAUUGGCACUUUUACAAGGGAAAGAUGAACCCAAACGCUGCUGAAUCAGUAAAGCUUUUCAAGGUGGCCGAGACGCCCAUUGCUGACGAAAUCGCUAGAUAUUUGGGCGUUGAGCUUAAUGACAUGGAAGUGAAGAAAUUCAACGAUGGGGAAACCAGUGUGAUUGUUAAUGAGAAUGUGCGCGGAAACCGCGUCUAUAUUGUUAGCUCUACUACCACGGUGGAUCGAUUGAUGGAGCUACUGCUAGCAAUUUCAGCCAUGCGUCGUGCUUCAGCCAAAAGUAUCACUGCUGUGAUUCCAUUCUAUGGCUACGCUCGCAUGGAUUUGAUGCAUAAAGGCCGUGAACCGAUCGCUGCUGCGGAUAUUGCGCGCAUGCUUGAAACCAUGGGCGUGGACCACGUCGUCUCGGUGGACCUUCACAGCGCUCAAAUCGAGGGAUUCUUUAAGCCCCAAAUCCCGGUCGAUAAUCUUCAAGCUUUUCCUGUUGGUGCCGUUUACUUUUCGGAGCAGAGUCUGGGUGACCCAAUCGUCGUGGCGCCACACUCAGCUGCAGUGAAUCGUGCAGCCAUGUUCCGAGACACCCUGUCGCGGACGGUUGACGAGUUUGUACCGCUGGCAUUUGUGAUUCGCAAACACCAACUCGACGAAGAUCAGCCUGGAGAGCUCGUUGGCGAUGUGAAUGGCAAGGAUUGCAUCAUCGUAGACAACCUCGUAGAUACUGGCUCGACGCUGGUGAAGACUGCCAAGGUACUGAAGGCAAAUGGUGCCAAAACUGUCUCGGCCUUCGCUGUACACGCGCGUUACUCGGCUCAUGCGAUGGAAACACUGCAGAAUUGUUCUGAGUUAGACAAACUAGUGACAACAAACACAAUUCCUGUGCCCGUAAAAUCGAAAGGAGUUGCGCCCAAAAUCGUGACACUAUCAGUGGCACCUUUCAUCGCCGAGGUCAUUUCAUGCAUCCAUAUGAAAAGCUCCAUCAUCCAGGAGGAGGAACUAGAAUUCAUCAGUGUUGAGACGGACGCCUUGGCGACUAGCUCUUCCGAGCGUAUAUCAGAUGUAAAAAAAAACGUUAGCCCUGAAAAAAGCGAUAAAACGGCGUUAAUCGUCUCUAUACGGAAGACUGUCACGAGCGCCAAGCAUCCAUUGGCAGCCUUCUUCCACUUAUUUUUUAAGGGACUCGCAUUAUUGCUGUAUUUGUUUGGUAGUAUUUUCAUCAGCAACUUUGUCUUUAUCUUCGUGGUCUGCAUUCUUCUGUUGGCAUUUGACUUUUGGACAGUUAAGAAUGUAACGGGGCGGCUACUUGUGGGUCUACGCUGGUGGAACAAGAUUAACGACGAUGGAACAAGUGAGUGGGUGUUCGAGUCCCACGAAGACAUGACAGAUAUCGAUCCAUUAGACUCUCGCGUCUUUUGGACGGGACUGUACGGUGCCCCGGGGUUGUGGGUUAUGCUUCUCAUUAUUGCCGUGCUCAAGUUUAAUGUUGAAUGGGCACUGAUCGUGGUGGUUGCCGUGGCGCUGAGCGGUGCCAACAUUAUCGGUUAUACAAGAUGCAAAAAGGACGCCAAGCAAAAGAUGCAGUCGCUGAUGUCCCAAAGUGCCUUGGGGGCCUUCAGUUCUUCCGCUGGCUCGUCAAUUAUGUCAACUAUCGGUGGUCUGGCCCUCGGAGGAAGUCUUAACGCAAUUGGUGUUGCAGCAUCCAAGAAGCCAAGUGGUGAAAUUGUCGAUUAA